GACUCCAGGCGCGUAUUUCAUAAUUCAUAAUACUGAACAUGGUGACGCACUGGGGGACCUGCUGCUGCUGUGAAAAAGUCCUUCUUUCGCUCGUUUAGUUUGGACCUGAUUAUGAAUCAGUUUUUCCACUUUUUUCUCCACAACCUGACAAAGUGAAGAAGAUAUGUCCGCUCAAGGACUGUUAAGCACUGUUUUCUCAUGCUCGCUAAGCCCCAAAAGUAUUGCCAAGCGGAGACUGAGGCAGACCAGGAGCUUGGACUCGGCGUUGAUGCGACAUUGCGGUACCGAAGCUGAGGAGACGUCGACUAAGGGUGACUUCACUUGGAACAGCUUGUCAGGAGGCACUGUUGGCCUCAAGCCCGUCCCCCUGCAAAGCCUCUCAGAAUUGGAGAGGGUUCGUCUCCAGGAUGUGGCCUUCAAGCGAUUGCUUCGGUGUCAUGACCUGGGCUGCCACAUCACCAUCCCUAAAUAUGGCCACAAGCACAAGAAGACACUCAGGAGGAAGUUGGAUUCAUUAUCUAAAGAGAAGAGUAAAGACAAAGACACCACGCCACAGGCGUUUGGCAUACCACUGUCGCAUGUCAUAUCCAACGACCGCAUGCACAAGCUGCGGCAAGAUCACCCACGGGAAGAGCACAGUGACCCCACUGAAUUGAUGCUAUCCUUCCUUCAUCUUACAUCUAGCUACAAAAGGGCUAACAAAGAGCUCUCCAGCAGCAACUCCUCACUGAGCUCCACUUCUGAGACCCUUAAUGAAUCACCACUGCCCAGCACACCAGACAUAGCCCCACGGACACGCAGACGGGGCGGAGUGUCUGUGGAUUGCAUCACUGACCUUGAUGACAACCAGUCUCGGCUCUUGGAGGCACUCCAGCUGUCUCUGCCAGAAGAGGCAGCUGGCAACACGAAGAAACACCAUGACGAAAAGCUCAGCCUUAACCCUAUUUACAGACAGGUGCCCAAGAUAGUGGACCAGUGCUGCCAGCACCUGGAAAAAUAUGCCCUACAGACAAUUGGAAUUUUUCGUGUUGGGAGUUCCAAGAAGAGAGUACGACAACUUCGUGAGGAGUUCGACCAGGGAUGGGAGGUUUACAUGGAUGAAGAGCACAGCGUCCAUGAUGUAGCUGCAUUGCUGAAGGAAUUCUUGAGAGACAUGCCUGAGUCACUGCUGACAAAAGAACUUUAUACAGCCUUCAUCAAUACAAUGUUGCUGAAUUUUUCAGAGCAAGACAGUGCCAUCCAGCUCCUGGUGUUUAUGCUUCCUCCCUGUAACAGUGACACGCUACAACGCCUCCUCGGCUUGUUGUCCACUGUGUCUGCACAUGCUGAAGACAGCCUGGACAGUGAGGGACAUAAGGUUACAGGCAACAAGAUGACAUCGCUUAAUUUAGCUACUGUCUUUGGACCCAACCUCUUACACAAGCAAAAAAACUCAGACAAAGAAUUUGCAGUAGAGAGUUUUGCCCGUGCAGAGGAGAGUGCAGCCAUCAUCGGCGUGGUCCAAAAGAUGAUCGACACAUAUGAUACGCUCUUUAUGGUGCCCCCUGACCUGCAGAAUGAGUUGCUGAUGAGUUUGCAGGAAACAGAUCCUGAUGUGGUGGAUUAUUUACUGCGGAGAAAGGCCUCGCAAUGCUCAGAGCCCAGCCUUAGGUCAGAAGAGUCGUUCUCUCUGACUGACAGACGCUUGUCCAGUGACUCGCACAAGCCAUCUAGUGGAGAGGUUUCUCCCUAUGACAAUAACUCCCCCGUCCUGUCCGAUCGACCGCGGUUUAAAUACACAGAGGACGGCAGUCUGCUCUCAGACAGAGUUCCCAGACAGGACAAACUCAGAGACCAAUCAAAAGACAACUCUGGCAGUACCUCCCCUACACUUUCUACUGACAAAGAGGCCUCAGCUGACAGUUUCUGGGACACCUGGCAUGAGCUGUUCGGGAAGGAUUUCACUGGCAUCGCCGGAUACCUUGGAGACGUGUCGGAAUGUGACUCAUACGGCUCAUCCGAGGGGCUGAGCAGUCACCAAGGUAACAACAAGCUGCCUGUCAGUGCAACACAAAUGUCAUUGGGCGUUUCGGAAUGCAGACCACACCCCCCGGUGACUCACUGCAGCAGUGGUCCUGAUGACCAGAGAGAGCAGAGACACCCAGAAUCGUUAUUACAUCAGGCAAUGAGCAGCCAAUCAGGAGCUGUUAGCUCAGACAACUUAGCACAAAGGACAGGAUGCACUGAAUGUCCAUUACUCCAGGUCAGGACUGACAGUUUAUCUCCCCUUAACUGCUCGCAACCUCUAAGAGAGACUCAUAUUUCUUGCUCCACACCCUCCCUCUUAAAAUCUCAGCAUGACCCCCAAAUCCCACAACAGUCCCAGCAGAGCGCUGACUUCAAGACUGUAGAUACAGCAGAUGCCACUGGGCCUGGAGAGGAAAAAGGCCCUGAUUCUUCAAAUUGGCAGAAAGAGAGGUGGCAUAUAUGGAAGAUGAUGUCAAAAGAAAAUCCAGAAGCCCUACCAGAAACGUUGGUGUGACCCACUCUUAACUGAUAAGCAGACUGUGGAUGAAUUUUUUUAAAAACAUGUGCACGUCUCCUGUCACAUCAUCAGGUUAUCAUUGUGUGCAGUUAACAUUAUCAGUUGAUUUUAGUGUUUUAUACUGAAUAUAAAAUGCUAAAUGAUAUAUACUUGUUAUUGUUAUUUUGCACUAACUAUAUAGUUUAAGCAUGAUUUUGUAUGUUUUUGUAUUUUUUUAAACAGAACCAUCAAAAACUUGUAUGUAGACUUGAAUGUAAUAAUUGGACUUGAAUAUUGUUUUAUAUUAAUGCUGAAUGUAAAUAUUAAAAAGUCUUUUUUUAAUAUUUCUUUAAAUUUAUAGUAACCAAAUCUUGACACAUCUGUAAAUGCUGCAAUAAUAUGUGUGUGUCUUGAGUCCAUGGCUCAUUGGUUUUUUGUAUUUUUUCUUUCAAGAAAAUGCUUACAUUUUAACAGAAGUUCGUCAGCUUACCAACACUCCUGCGUUUGUGUUUGCUACAAAAGAAAUUAUUGUUAAGCAGCAUUAUUUGCAGAUAUGAAUAUAUUUAAUAUAAGUUUACAGUCAUUUGUAAUUUAAUGAAAAACAACUUUCUCCAGGUGUCUCCUAAUAAACAGACUAAGAGUUGUC